CAAAGCGCGUUUGCCGACAGGAGACCGCGAACGAACUCAAAGAUUAUAAACGAAGUCAGUAAACCGCUCAUAUUUCUACUAAAAAACUGCAAUUAGAGAUCAAGAAYUGGAGAUUGUUAAUGGUUAAUUUAUCAGGAAUGAUAAUGGAGAGUUAAAAACAUUGGAUAUUAUGGACACCCGGCGGUUAUCUCGUGUUYUUCGGCAAGUGUUCUUUUGGUGGCUAUAUUGAUUUUCUACGCAAGAUACAUUCAGGACGAAUAAUCGMUCUUCAAUUAUGACUAUUUUACUGAGGGCUUUAAUUUAUUUUUCUUUAUCCUUGGUCAAGUGCACCGUGCUGCAUAUUUAUGGUUCAACAAAUUCUGGAGAGGUACUAGCGAACUUUUCAAACUCACAACUUUCUAAUUAUUCUCUUCUACCGUCGCAUAAUUUGAAAGGCAAGUUUUUAAAUUUGGAUUCUCGUCAUGGUCUCCUACGGUCAGCUUACAGUCCAGACUGUGAAACCACGGCCAGAAGUCCAUUGAAAUUCUUUGUUCAAGCAUUUAACAAGACUAGUARCACUUUGAGAACUUUGGAUUUUGUAGUSAUUUAUAUUCACAAGGGAGCUUGUUCUGUCAAGUUUCAAAGAAACUUGGAUGGCUUUGCGGUUGUUUCUCGUAGUGCAAAAGUCGGGACAAGAGUAUUCYCAUUAAAAGAUCUUUUCAGUCAUCGGUUCACUGUUGAUUCAAGAUAUCUACGUCUAGCAAAUGAAGCGGGAUGGCAGCAUUUUAGCAUUGAUUCUAUUACAGGUCAUUUGUUGCUUAGAAAAUCUUUGAUCGGAAAACAACAGAGUUUGUUCAAUAUAAUUGUUGAAUUUCCGGUCAAAAGAACGGCAAAUAAUCGUCAAUCUAGACUUAAAAUUAAUUCGGCUAAUCUUAAAGUUUAUGUUGAUGAUAAAAGGACCUCGAGGCGGGUGAAAAGAAGAGUUCGCAACAACCCUCCACAGUUCGCAAGCUCUUAUGCUGAGGCUAAUSUGCGUGAAGAUUGUCCUAUCGGAACUACUGUUACAACGAUAAAAGCUACAGACGUUGAUUCAGGAAGUAACGGUAUCCUAAGAUACUCUAUGUCUGCUACGCAAAAUCUUCUGAGCAAAUCAUUCUUYAGUCUGAAUGCUAUUACUGGAGUUAUCACCACUGCUCAAAAGCUUGACCGUGAAAAGAUGGACAGACAUUAUUUUCAAGUGACUGCAAGAGACCAAGGUGAUCCCUCUCUGGAAUCAUAUAUGGAUUUGACAAUCAUUGUCGAUGAUAUCAAUGAUAAUCAACCUAUAUUUGAGAGCAGCUCAUAUGCUAAAUCUAUCCCAGAGAACACUGAUGUAGGAGAUCCUGUUYUAGAGGUACGAGCRAGGGAUGACGAUGAUGGAAAAAACAGCAAAAUUACUUAUAGUUUUCAGAAUGGCGCUGGUCCUAAAUCAGCAUUUGCUAUUGAUUCAAGAACUGGCGUAAUAACUGUGCAGAAUGAACUCGACCGAGAGAARGUUGAUUUCUAUAACCUUAAAGUCAAGGCUGAAGAUCAGGGCACUCCACCAAAAAGUGCUACUGUUGAUGUCAAGAUAACAAUCACAGACAUCAAUGAUUGUGUCCCUCAGUUUUCAAAGAAAGUAUACAAAGAGACCAUUAAGGAAGAYACMCGWGUKGGGAARYUAGUUGCCACUAUUGCUGCAACAGACUGUGACAAGGGYUCAAAYGGCGAAGUGUUUUAUGAGAUUGUCACUGGAAAUGACCUGAAUUUGUUUUCUAUYAAUAAAAUCAAUGGUGAAGUCAGAGUCCAGGGUAAACUAGAUUUUGAGGGCAUACCAUGGUUCAGUUUAUSGAUCAAUGCACAAGAUAAAGGAACACCCUUUUUAGUAAACCAAACUGUUUUGGAAAUCGAACUGCUAGAUGUCAAUGAUAAUGYUCCUAUAUUUAUAACACCACAYUUUCAUGGUACUGUACAAGAAAAUACUGGGAAAGGAAAGUUUGUUACCCGUGUAAUGGCUUAYGAUAGGGAUGACAAACUCAACAGGCAGCUGACGUACAGUUUAUUGAGGAAUGAUGUUCCAUUUGCCGUUAACCCCUCCAGUGGUGAUAUUACAACCAAUGGUAAACUUGACCGWGAAAAGACURCCAAGUAUACUUUUGGAGUGAAGGCUGUCGACAGUGGYUCUCCGCCAAAAGAGGGAACAGCGCAGAUAACCAUAACAGUUGCYGAUGUUAACGAUAAUCCWCCAAAGUUUCAGCARUCAACUUACAGGGUUUCUCUAUCAGAACAGGCAAAAUUUGGUGCAACUGUCCUCCAAGUCACGGCUAAAGAUCCAGACUCAAACCCCACAAACAUCAUGUACUCCAUCGAUCCUUUCCCUCAACAGAGGUGUUUUCGGAUCAAUUCCCAAGGCUUGAUCACCCUUUCUUGUAUGCUCAACUACAAGAUGACCAAGUUCUAUACAUUUGAAAUCAGGGCAAGUGAUGGUYUGUUGGACAGUACUGCAGUUGUUUAUGUAAACAUUUCUGAUUCAAACAAUAAUKCACCAGUGUUUGAAAAGAGGUCAUACAAAGGCCGUGUUUGGGAAAAUGCUCAAGUUGGAACAUCAGUACUUAAAGUUAAAGCUAAAGAYGAYGAUACGGGGAUAAAUGCAAAGAUUUCAUACUCUUUUUCUAGGCCUGCAUCAGAGUUUUCUAUUGAUUCGGAUUCAGGUAUUAUUCGAACUGCAGCAAAGCUUGACAAAGAGACUAAAGGUUCUUAUACGUUAACAGUAACAGCCACUGAUCACGGCAAGCCACCAUUAAAAAAGAAYACCUUUGUGUUCAUCCGUGUGAAGGAUGUCAAUGACAAUGCACCAGAGUUCAAGCAGAAGAGUUAUAGUGCCACUGUGAGGGAAGAUGUCAGACCUGGUUAUYUGGUCACUACUGUCAGUGCAAAAGACAAAGAUACUGGAAAGAAUAAGCAAAUUGUAUAUUCUUUUGCUCCAAAUGGGGACGGAAACGGGGCYUUUGAGAUUGACUCCAGAUCUGACACAGGAAUAAUAAGAACKCGAAAGAAACUUGAUCGAGAAACCAAAGCKUCCUACAAGCUGAUUGUMMUUGCAAGAGAUAGAGGAACACCACCCCAGCAAAGCUCUGUGACUGUSACUGUCGACUUAGAAGACGUUAUUGACAGUAGGCCAAUAUUCCUGMACUCUGACUACCAAGCACGCAUCAAAGAAGACGUAAACCCUGGAACUACUGUCUUAACAGUGAAGGCUAARGCACAGGAUAAGACYCCAGAUACUGGUAUUCGCUACAGCAUCGACAGCAGAGGGAACUCUGGAAGAGCYUUUCGAAUAAAUCAAAACGAUGGAACUAUUACGACSGCAGUGGACCUGGAUUUCGAAACGCAGUCCGAGUAUACAUUAACAGUACGUGCAACGCUUAGAAACCUAUUCAGCUCUGUAAAAGUCAGGAUAUAUUUAGACGAUGUGAACGAUAAYCGACCCGUSYUGGAGAAUUUCUACAUGAGUAUUAAUGUAAAACAAGAUUUGGUUCCACCUGAAGCAAGGUACAAGAUACCAGCUUACGAUCCCGAUAUUUCUGACAAGCUAACGUUUUCGAUAGUUGAAGGGAACCAGAAAGAGUGGGUCACUUUGAACUCAAGUGGUGGGUACCUUUCUGUUAGCCCCACCCUCGUAAACGCUCGGAAACCAGCCGAGAUUUUAAUCAAAGUUUCGGACGGCGAGAAAAGUGCGAGGGCCAAAGGAUCUAUAAUGGUGACUUCAAUUACUACAGAAAUGCUAUCAAACAGUUUUGAAAUUGAAAUUGACGACAUGACAGUGAAGGAAUUUCUAAAUCUCGCAUAUGAUAAGCUCGCUAGAAGUAUAGCGUCGCGUUUAGGUCUUACAAUGGACCAAGUCCUACUGUUUGACAUCAAAUCACGCAUUAUAAAAUCCACAAAGAUUACUGAAUACGAUAAAACGCAGUUGAUAAUCUGGCUCGUGGUUCGAAAGAAAGACGACAAGGGCCGAUAUUAUGGAUUCUUCGGCUCGGAUUACGUCCGUAACAUCAUCUCCAUACAUCGCAAGGAAAUCUCGAAAGACGCUGGUGUCAAUCUCUUACCAAUCCCAAAUGAUUUAUGCAACCGAAAGCCUUGUAACUCUGCACCGAGCAUGCGCAGAGAUUGUAUGACUUUUACCAGAUUCAUAGGCAAUCCCACAGUUCUUAGCUCACCUAAAGUUGUCUUCCGGACCGUACCUGUUGAAAUGCUGUACAACUGCACAUGCCCAGUGGAUUUCAGAGAGCCGAAAGACUGUGAUACCCACCUUAACCUGUGCUUCUCAAACCCUUGUAAGAACAAUGGAAAGUGUGUCAGUGUCGAGAAGGGCUUCGUUUGUCUGUGCUUAAAGGGCAGAAUGGGAAGAUAUUGUGAGAGUAAUUCCACUAAUUCGUGCCCUCCAAGCGGGAAAGAGAAACCUAGACCAAAUCAACUGACUAGUAACCCAUGCUAUAAUGAUGGUUAUUGCCUGGAUGACGGAGUUGGUGGGUUUAAGUGCGGUUGUAAGGACAAACCCAUUGUUGAUACACCGUUCUGUCAACUUAGUACCAGAAGUUUUAAGGAUGGGGACUUCGCGGCAUUCCCAGCUUUAAAGAAGAAAUGGAGUUUCCACAUCAAACUUCAAUUUGCCACUAUACAGUCUGAUGGCAUUCUCUUGUACAAUGGUCGCCAUAACAACAAGGAAGAUUUCGUUGCUAUCGAGAUAGUUAAGGGGCAAGUGCAAUUUACAGUCAGUACUGACCAUGAUGUAGCAAUUGCAAGAACUGAUAUGAUAGGAGGUGUGAACGAUGGAACGUGGCACACGGUAACAGCCAUUUAUAAAAACCAGACUGGUAUCGUGAUCUUGGACGAGUGUGACUUGGGCGUGGCCGUGCAGUUAGGCAAUCAACAGGGAUCAUACUCCUGUGCAGCSGCAAAAAGACUCACAAUUAAACGUGCAGAUAGAGCCAUGGAACUUACGGGGCCAUUAUUACUGGGUGGUCUMCCAUCAUCGCAGUCGACCGAGUUCCCUAUCAAUAAUGUGCAUUAUACCGGGUGCAUAAGAAAUAUUCACAUCGACUAUCAACUUCUUGACCUCGCAAAGCCCGAGUUUAUYCAAGGGACGAAGCCUAAAUGUGAAGCCAAGCAAGACUUCUGUAGAGACUCUCCUUGUGACAAAGGAAACUGCACGAACUCGUGGGGAACGUACUACUGCGCAUGUCCCAAGGGUUAUGGUGGAAAGAAGUGCGAAACAGAAAUCAAGACCGAGAUAAGACUCACGGGUAAAAGUAUUUUGGUCAAGRCGUUUCGAACCCCCGCUAUAUCAUUACCAUGGAGACAGACACUUCAGCUUAGAACCAGGAAACCAACAGGUUAUUUGAUGGAAACUCGUUUUCGGUCGGACAGCGGAUUACUCAAGAUUGUUGACGGAAGAAUUUCAUAUCUUUACGGCAAAGCCAUUAAUAUAACACUGAAAGAAUUGCGAGUCGACGACGGGGCGUGGCAUCACGUGGAAAUCACCUGGGAGAAGGAUAAGGUGAAAAUUACCGCUGACUACGUGUUCGURGCCUCACAAGAUUACUCAGGGGUUCAACUAGAGUUCACUUCAGAAAUUAUUGUUGGUGCAAAGCGUGAUAAAAGUGGUAGUAAAAURGUGACGAGCAAUGGUUUUACUGGUUGUAUAGCAGGUAUAACAGCCAAUGCUUUAGAACUUGACCUCAAAGGUGCCUCCAAGACGGAAAUUUAUGACGGCUGUAAGAUGCCCACACACUGUCAAUCAAGUCCGUGUUACGGSGGAAGCACRUGCGUGGAGGACUGGGAYUCGUACAAGUGUAUCUGUAAGCCAGGUCACGUGGGUAAGCGAUGUAAGGACGUGUGUCGAUUUAAACCUUGUCAACACGGYUCUUGUGUCAARACGUCAUCGUCAUCAAAGGGAUUCAAAUGCUUAUGUCCGAAAAAGUAUGCAGGUGAAUACUGCGAGACCAAGAAGGAAUUACCGUGUUCUGACAAGUUCUUUAGUGCAUCAAACAUUGGCCAAUGUGGACCCUGUAACUGUCCUCUUGGUGGUAACUUCAACCCUGUAUUCAUCAAUACAUCUUGUCCUCGCUCGAUGGCCGAGGAUAUUUGGUGGAAGAGAGGAGCAUUUAACAAGAUGGCGAAGCAGAAGUGUCCUUUUGGAGCAUCUGGUGUUGCGACUCGAUUCUGUGAUCAAGAAAAAGGAUGGCAAAAACCGAAUUUAAUGGACUGUGUGUCGAAUUCAUUUCUUACGCUAAGAACGACGCUCAAAAAGCUUGAAAAAGGAGAUCUUACCUGGACGCCCGAAAUAGCAAUGAAAAUGUCACGAAGGCUUGACCUUGCUUUGACUCUAGCUACUCGACUUUAUCCAAAYGACAUUGAAAUCGCCCUGGGCACGAUCACAGUCUUGUUUAAUUAUGAAAGCAAGCAGAACUCCAGCACUCUAAUAUCUGCCAAGAAUCACCAGUUYGCACAGAUUUUAUUCGAGUCAGCUAGUAUGCUUUUUAAUGCCGACAACAAGGAAGUAUGGAGUGUUGUUCAACGAAACUCUGCUGGGACUGCAGAUUUAAUGCUCAAGAUGGAAAAUUUCAGUGGAACUCUUGCCAACAACCUGGCACAUUUAAAGAGAGGAAGAUACAAGCGCAGUACGGACAGCAUUAUACCACCCUAUACCAUCAUUACUCCUAAUAUACUCAUGAAUCUCGACCCCCUGAUGAUGAAGAACUUUGAAGGUACUAUGUUUCCACCAAGCCAGACGGCGUUUGCUGCCUACUCGGACGACUGGUCGACUGUAACAACGAAAGUCGUUAUUCCUAAAGAUAUCUUCAAAUCUGAAGGACACAGAGUUCUUGAGAAGAAUGCAGCUGUUGGAUACAUGGUGAUUCGAAAUAUUGGUGAUCUAUUGCCAAAAUCGUUCGACGCACAGAUGAGAGAGUCCAAGUACAAGGUCGAAGUUAAUUCUGAUGUGGUAUCAGUAAGAAUGCCAGGAAUGGAGAAUAUAAAAUUAAAGGAUCCAAUCCAGAUAACCUUCUACAAUAGAUACGUUAAUCGUUCAGAGUAUAUCUGUGUUUUCUGGAAUUACUCAGUUCCGAAUACAAGGGGAGGAGGCUGGUCCACCAAUGGAUGUCGAAGAGUUGCUGUUAACUGGACGCACACAACCUGCGCAUGUACCCAUAUGACGUCAUUCGCAGUUUUAUCAGACCUUAAUCUCGAGUACCUCCCUAAGGUGUCUUUUGCWAUGCGGAUAGUGACAUAUGUAGGGAUUGCAGUGUGUAUCUUCAUCCUUCUCAUUGCUUUCAUUUCCUUUAUGUGCCUCAGGGGUCUCAAGAAAAGCAAUGCAACAGACAUCCAUAAAAACCUGAUCGCUGCUAUCGUGCUGGCAGARGCUGUAUUCUUAGCAGGAAUUAACCGAACCGAAGACGAGACGGCGUGUCGUUUAAUCGCCAUUUUACUGCAUUAUUUCUUCUCGACCGUGUUCACGUGGAUGUUGGUCGAGGCUGUCCACAUGUAUCGAAGACUGAGYGAGAAACGUAACGUGGACACAGGAAGAAUGAACUUCUACUACUUCCUUGGUUGGGGUUGUCCAGCUGUAGUUGUUGGUAUUUCUGCUGGUUUAACAACAGAUGGUUACGGAAGCAAGCACUUUCGCGAAGGUAUUAAUACAGUAGUAUUCCUAAUGGCGGUCUACAUGUCGCUGAACAAAAACAAAAAGAAAAGAAAACGACGUCAUUCAUACAGUCCACAUGGUCAUGACGAAAACAGUUUAAAGGCUGGAUUACGAGCAUCAGCUAUUUUACUACCAUUACUUGGUGUUACGCUUGUGUUUGCGAUUCUUAUGGUCAACAAAGACCUGGAGAUGUUUCACUACUCGUUUGCGGCCCUCACUUGCUUUCAGGGAUUGUUUAUCUUCUUGUUUUAUUGUCUGUUUGAUAAGAAGGUCCGUAAGGAGUUCAAGAACGCGUACGUUCGCUGGAAGACUGGAGACAAGACCUAUGGAAUUCCUAAACCUGUGCAACAUUUUAAACGUUCCUACCAUCCUGGUGAAAUGACAGCGGUGCGAUCUCCUUACCAUUACGAUGAAGACGAUGGCGGUAAUACCAGUACUUCAGAACCAUCCAGUAGUAUGCCUAGUAGYACUGCUGGUACUAGCAGACCUACCAGUACAGCCUACAGUACUGGCAUGUCAAUACCAGAUAGUAGUGUGAGAAGUGCUGGUGAUGGACUCACAGGAUCUGAAGUGGAAUUAGACGAAAUUUUACCUAAAGCCAAGGCAAAGUACUACCCCGAUAACCCAGAGCUAGAAAAAGCGAGGAAAAUGUGGGAGACACCGGAGAAAGGAGAGCACAGUACGACUAAUCCCGAAUCCUCCUCUGACGACGAAAAUCGAAACCCGUCUCCAGUCAUUUUGUCAGAUACGUCCGAGUCGUCUGGUGAUGAGCAAAUUCCAAAUGGUGAGGAAAAAACUCCAGAAAAAUCCCGAAAAAAUCACAAAGCAGCACCUUUCUAUGCAUCAGAUGGACCGAUGCACAGCACACCCAUUGAUACAACCCCAGAAGAAGAACCCGAUAUGAAGAAGAAAGCCUUUGAYGACAGCGAUUCGUCUGACACAGAAGAAGAAGAYAAAGCWCUAGAACGUCCUCUUAAAGAACACCCUAAGUUUACCAGCACACCGGAGAUAAUUCCCGAUGUUGUUGCCUCUGGAUCAGCAGCUACUACAUCAGACACGACCCCAGAUACACCRAUCUUGGCACUGAAGAAACCCCUUAAGUCGGCCCUUAAAAAGCCACGUAGUAGYCACACUGAAGAACCGUCCCCAGCUAGUCCGCUGUUACUCGAUAACAAUGACGAACCUUAUGAAGCAGCSGCUGACAAAUCUCCAGAAAGUUCUGUAGCUGAUUCUCAAAGCCGAUCGAAAUCCCGAAAAGAGAAAAAGCGACGGAAACACAGACCAAGUCGAGACCGAAAGCCUUUUGUGAAGUUUGGAAAYAGAGGGUCUUUGAUGUCUGAGCCGAGCGAGUUCAUCUAAUUACUUCCAUGUAAGCAUGCUGACCUAGUGAUACCACUGGCUCCAGGCACCAGGAAUUCUCACGUGACCUUUCAUGCCGUCACCAUGGCAACAUUUUUUAUUUAAAUUGCCUUUGCUUGGAAUACAAGUUUGAAUUCAAAGCUGACAAGAUUUAACUUAACGACAUAAAUGUAAAGUAUAAAUAUUAGGUUUUUAAAACCAGUUUAGGAGUUGUGUAUAUGAAAUGAACUCUCGUUUUAUUUCAUGUUGUAUUUUCUAACUCACAUUUUUAGGGAUAAUGUUAUAUUCACKGAAUGAUUUUUACUAUAUUUUGCAAUGGAAAAGUAGAAAAUUUUGUACUAUAGUUUUUAGGAAAAUUCUGUAUUUUUUAAAUAAUAACGUGAUUAACGUGACAUUAAAACACUGCAUCAUUUUA